CCCCUCCCCCGGCCCCCGCCUCGCCCCGCCGGCUUCCCACCACGGCCUCUCUCGGCGAGGAAACUCUGGCCUCCGCUUCCUCCUCCUCCGACUCGGACGCCGGCGGAGCCUCCCCGCCCCCGCGGAAGAAACCCCGAGCCUCGGCGGCGGAGGGAGCAGGAGAGCCCGGGGCUUCCGCAGGCAGAGCAGGCCUCUCCCCUCCGUCCUCGUCGUCCUCGUCGUCGUCCUCCUCCUCCUCCGUGGUGGUGGUGGUGGGACUGCCCCCGGCCGCGGCCCCCGCCGCCGCCCCCCACCGAAGUAGCGGCCACAGCCUGGUCAGCGGCGGCAUCAUGCAGGCCAACGGGGCAGGAGGAGGAGGAGGCGGCGGCGGCGGAGGGGGCGGCGGGGGCCAGGGACAGACCCAGGAGCUGGCCUGCCUGUCGGCCCAGAACGGGGAGUCGUCCCCGUCGUCGUCGUCGUCCGCGGGGGACCUUGCCCACGCCAACGGGCUGCUGCCUUCCGCCCCCUCCGCCGCCAGCAACAAUAGCAACAGCCUCAACGUCAAUAACGGGGUCCCCGGCGGGGCGGCCGCCGCCACCGCCGCCGCCUCGGCCGCCGCCGCCGCGUCCUCGGCCACCCCGGAGCUGGGCAGCAGCCUCAAGAAGAAGAAGCGGCUGUCGCAGUCGGACGAGGAUGUCAUUCGGCUAAUAGGACAGCACCUGAACGGCCUAGGGCUCAACCAGACUGUUGAUCUCCUCAUGCAAGAGUCAGGAUGUCGUUUAGAACAUCCUUCUGCUACCAAAUUCCGAAAUCAUGUCAUGGAAGGAGACUGGGAUAAGGCAGAAAAUGACCUGAAUGAACUAAAGCCCUUAGUGCAUUCUCCUCAUGCUAUUGUGGUAAGAGGCGCGCUUGAAAUCUCUCAAACGUUGUUGGGAAUAAUUGUGAGGAUGAAGUUUUUGCUGCUGCAGCAGAAGUACCUGGAAUACCUGGAGGACGGCAAGGUCCUGGAGGCGCUUCAAGUUCUGCGCUGCGAAUUGACGCCCCUGAAGUACAACACGGAGCGCAUACACGUUCUCAGCGGCUAUCUGAUGUGCAGCCACGCAGAAGACCUCCGGGCAAAAGCAGAAUGGGAGGGCAAAGGAACGGCUUCUCGCUCCAAACUGCUGGACAAGCUGCAGACCUACUUACCGCCAUCAGUGAUGCUCCCCCCUCGGCGUUUACAGACCCUCCUGCGGCAGGCGGUGGAGCUGCAGAGGGACCGGUGCCUGUACCACAACACCAAACUCGACAACAGCCUAGAUUCUGUGUCUCUGCUCAUAGAUCACGUGUGCAGUAGGAGGCAGUUCCCGUGUUAUACUCAGCAGAUCCUUACGGAGCACUGUAAUGAAGUGUGGUUCUGUAAAUUCUCUAAUGAUGGCACGAAACUAGCAACAGGAUCAAAGGAUACGACAGUCAUCAUAUGGCAAGUUGAUCCGGACACACACCUGCUAAAACUGCUUAAGACAUUAGAAGGACAUGCAUAUGGCGUUUCAUACAUCGCGUGGAGUCCGGAUGACAACUAUCUUGUUGCGUGUGGCCCAGACGACUGCUCUGAGCUCUGGCUCUGGAGUGUACAGACGGGAGAGCUAAGGACAAAGAUGAGCCAAUCUCAUGAGGACAGUUUAACAAGUGUGGCUUGGAAUCCAGACGGAAAACGCUUUGUGACUGGGGGCCAGCGUGGCCAGUUCUAUCAGUGUGAUUUGGAUGGCAACCUCCUUGACUCCUGGGAGGGGGUCAGAGUGCAGUGCCUCUGGUGCUUGAGCGACGGCAAGACGGUGCUGGCGUCAGACACGCACCAGCGGAUCCGGGGCUACAACUUCGAGGACCUUACAGAUAGAAACAUAGUACAAGAAGAUCACCCCAUUAUGUCUUUUACUAUUUCCAAGAACGGCCGGUUAGCUUUGUUAAAUGUAGCAACUCAGGGAGUUCAUUUAUGGGACUUGCAAGACAGAGUUUUAGUAAGAAAGUAUCAAGGUGUCACGCAAGGGUUUUAUACAAUUCAUUCAUGUUUUGGAGGCCAUAACGAAGAUUUCAUCGCUAGUGGCAGUGAGGAUCACAAGGUUUACAUCUGGCACAAACGUAGUGAACUGCCCAUCGCGGAGCUGACAGGGCACACGCGCACAGUCAACUGUGUGAGCUGGAACCCACAGAUCCCAUCCAUGAUGGCCAGCGCCUCCGAUGACGGCACUGUUAGAAUAUGGGGACCAGCACCUUUUAUAGACCACCAGAAUAUUGAAGAGGAAUGCAGUAGCAUGGAUAGUUGAUGGCGAGUGUGGAGCAGACGGCUUCCGUUUAACUUAAAAUUAGUCGUAUUUUAAUGGCUUGGGAUUUGGUGCAAACAAACAUGAUUGAUAGCUGGACAGACAUGCUCGUCAUGAAAAAAAAGAACCAUUUCUGAAGCCCGAUUGGGGCCAAACAUUUACACCUUGCUUCAUAGUAACCAGUUGAGAUGAAGCACGUCGUUAGAACGCUGUUGGACGCCAUGUCGAAUCGCCCCCAUCGGUCGUGAAGGACUGUGCUACAUUCAGGCUUACCCACCGAACUCCGUAUAUAUAUUGUUUUCCCUCCUGCCUUUUGUCUGGUGGGACACCAUUCUUGUUGCUCUUCUGUGUAAUGAAGUUUAAAUGCUUGUUUGGAAAAACUUUAUUUAACAGUUUAGAAGGCUUGAUAGAAGGAGUGCAUUAGUCUGAAGAGUACACAUUGGAUAGGAAAGAGUUUCCUCCUUUUGUUUCUCCAGAUCUUUCCGCCUUAUUUAGCUUGAGAUCUUUGCAGCUUGGUUCAUGGAUUCUAGCCGUUGCCCGUUGUGCAGUAGAUACUGGUCCAGAUGACAAACCAGUGAACUAUGUCAAAAGCACUCUCAAUAUGACAUUUGACAAAAAGUUUUGUACUUUUCACAUAGCUUGUUGCCCCGUAAAAGGGUUAACAGCACAAUUUUUUAAAAAUAAAUUAAGAAGUAUUUAUAGGAUUAAA